AUGGCAGCGUUGUAUACAGAAGAUGGGUCUGCUGGCGAGGACCUUAUCUGGGGCAGUGAGGUCAAAAUUGAGAUUGAUUUUGGCGAAACCUCGAAGCGUAGUUCUGUUCACGAGGCUCGUGCCGAGGCCGACGAUGAGGGUUCCAUACGCAUCUCGUCACCGCUGUCCUCGUUCAACAGCUCUUCUUGCGUGGACGUCCGAGGAAGGCCACGAAGUCGCACCAAGCAGCUACGAAGACGAGGUAUCGACUUGUCUCGCGAUGAGCUACGGAUAUCAUCCAGAUGGAGUAAUAGUGAAAGAGAAAGUAUGGAACUAUUUCGUGAGGCGAUCAGAGAAAAGGCUCGGGACAGGGAAAAGAACGAAAAGCUACUUUUAAGGUGGAUGCCUCAAGAUAGGACGAAGACACAGAUGAUCAAAGACGUGUGGAACAUCAAGGAGAAACUUGCGAAGACUUUGCAAGGCAGUGUCAGCAGAGGUAGGCGCUCGAAUCGGGAAGCACCAAACCAGACACCUGAUCUUGCGGCUCAACCACCAGCAGACAAAGUAGCACCUGAACCUCGAAUACCUGAUCCGGUCCGUGCAGAACCACAAUUGAGCAUUCAGCAGGUACAGAUGUCGAAUCCUACUCCAUCCUCAGUUUCAUCUUUACAGCUUGAAGGACAAGAAACGCUAUCACAUGAGCUACACUCCUAUGCCGCAGAUGACCGACGGCAGCACGUAACCCGACAGAUGUCUUGGCAACAGCAUCUGCGACAUGACCUACAACCCUAUUCUGUGCAAGCACUUCGAAGGAAGAAGGCAAACUGUGGUCUGCGAGAAGAUCUCAAAGCUCGUUGGAUUUCGAACCGUCGCGAUGCACAACACGCUACGUUACCGUCCGAGAAUUUCUUGGGCUAUACUCAGAAUAGAGCCAUUCGAAAGAGCUCCUCGGCACGACCUCUGCUGGUUCAAUCGUCGUCAGACAUGUCUCAGAUCUCACAACGUGACGUUGAGUCCUACUGGAGACUUCCAUCUGUCCCGGAUCCAGCCGUGUGGCCCCCAACACGUUCUUUUUCUCGUGUAUCGUCACCGUUGGUCGACCAGCCACAACACCUGAACGAGGCACCCAUCUCGCAAAGCUUCCAGAGUGCCCGGUGGCGAACAUCGGGUGGCACUCAAGGGAGGUCACCUUCCUCUUCGCUGCUGGUGACUUCCCUCGAGAGCAGGACUGCAAGUAUUUCGGACAACCAAUCCAGUGAUCUUGACCAUCAGCCUCCAAGCACAGAGCUAGUUGCAGCACUCAAGGGACGACUCGCGAAAGUCAGCGAUGAGGACACGCUAUUUACGAUGAGACCAUUACUACAGACAUCAACCAGCACUGUAUAUGGCCGAGCAAUAAGAGAAUCUCAGAACACACCUCCAUCGACGAAAGGUGACUAUAGCGAGACUUCAAAUUCGACUGAUCAUCACGCUAUGUCACCUCAUUCACAUCAUCAUGAUCUUCCUGUCAGAUCAAAGGUCGUCUCGCAAGGUUUCGCCUCGAGCAUGUCGCUGCCUGAGAUGCCGUGUUGGGACGAGGCAAAUCUCGACACGGGUUUGCAACACGGAAGUCCUUGCGAGCAUUUUAGACGGCACUUCUACUGA